AUGCGAUCCACUCUCUUUACCACUGUUGCCCUUUUAGGUCUGACCACCACCGCCACAAUCGUACCCAACCGCGUCGAAACUGCUAAACGCAAUACUAAUGUCUGCCCUGGUAUUGAGUAUCCGCGGUGCUGCGAAGUUAAUGAUAAUGGUGCCGUUGUAGCCUGUGUAUACCCUGGGAAAGUUGACUCUAUGGAGGAUUUUAAGAACGCUUGUAAAUAUAUGAACAGAAAAGACCGUGAAGAAGGCAAAGUACGCCACAAACACAAACAUGGCAAUGAGCGCCGCAGACACAGAAAGGAAGAAGAAAGCGAAGAUGACGAAGAUGGCGAAGAAGGCGGAAAAGGUGGGGAACGUGAAGAAAAAGAAGGCGGCAAAGAAUACCGCCAAGGAAGGCAGCCUAUGUGCUGUCGUUCUGCUGAGAAAUCGAUUUUACCAGAUCUUGGGCCAGUUUUAGGUCGUGCUGUGACUGAUAAUGAUUGCUCAGAUCUAGAGGGUUAG